GGUCGAGGCUCCCGGUCCCGCCCGGCAGAAGCGGCCAGCGGCUGCCCACCCCCGGUCGUAGGGUCCGGGGACCCGGGCUGGGGGUGGGGGGUGGCGGUCGUCUUUCCCACCCCGGUGGCGUCCAUCCCAGCGGCUGGGAUCGGGGCGAGGGAGAGACCACCCCCCACCGGGCCCGGGGGCAUGGGGCGGGAUUUUCUCCCUUGAACGGCCCGGGAGAAAGACUGGAAAGAGGAGAAGGAGAGAGCGGAGCGGGGAAGAGACUCAUCCCGGAGACCCUCACCCGACUUGCUCCGGAUCCCCGAUUGAUGGGCCGCCUCCCGGGGGUCGUCGGGCCGGCGAGGAAGCUGAGGCCCGGAGGGGGUCUCUAGGAGGUCGAGGCCCAGGCAGGGACCCCGAGGGGCCGAGGAAGACGAUGCGCGGCCCGGCCUUGGCAGGGCCAGGGAGCACCACCUAGACGCCGUCCCGCCGGUCCUUGCCCCGCCGGAGCCCCGGGAGAGAUGGCAUCGGAGGUGGUGUGUGGACUGGUCUUCAGGUUGCUGCUGCCCCUCUGCCUGGCCGUGGCGUGCGCUUUCCGGUACAAUGGGCUCUCGCUGGUCUACCUCAUCUACCUCCUGCUCAUCCCCCUGUUCUCAGACCCCACGAAGACGACGAUGAAAGGACAUACAGGACGGCUACUCAAGUCCCUGUGUUUCUUCAGUCUAUCAUUUCUGCUCCUGCAUAUCAUCUUCCAUAUCACCUUAGCGAGUUUGGAAGCUCAAAACCGUAUCGCACCUGGUUAUAACUGUUCAACAUGGGAGAAGACAUUUCGGCAGCUUGGCUUCGAAAGCAUGAAUGGAGUCGACGCCGGCAACGGAAUCAGAGUGUUCGUCCCCGACAUCGGCAUGUUCAUCGCCAGUCUGACCAUCUGGCUGAUCUGCCGAAACAUUGUUCAGAAACCGGUGACCGAGGAUGCAGCGCAAUACAACAUGCAGUUUGAAAAUGAAGAAAUGUCUGGAGAAGAAAAACUGGAUUCUGAGGAUGCAUUGAUAUAUGAAGAGGAUUUAGAUACAGGAGACAGUGGUGAAGGGGAGGCUGAAGAAACGGCAAAAUUAAAAAUGCUGCGUAGGCUGGCUUCAUUUGCUUCUCAACUGAAAGAGUUUGUUGGCAACCUCAUAACUACCGGCGGGAAAGUUGUCGUGACUAUUUUACUGGGCUCAUCAGGUAUGAUGUUGCCAUCUUUGACCUCAUCUGUGUAUUUUUUUGUGUUUUUGGGGCUAUGCACAUGGUGGUCUUUCUGCCGAACUUUUGAUCCGCUGAUAUUCAGCUGUCUGUGUGUGUUAAUGGCCAUCUUCAAUGCUGGGCACUUGAUUGGACUUUAUUUGUACCAGUUCCAGUUCUUUCAGGAGGUGAUUCCACCUGACGACUACUAUGCAAAGCUAUUCGGCAUCACGUCGGUAAUUCAGACGGACUGUUCCAGCACUUGGAAGAUCGUAGUGAAUCCCAAGCUGUCCUGGUAUCACCAUGCCAACCCCAUCCUUCUCCUGGUGAUGUACUACACCCUUGCGACCCUGAUUCGCUUCUGGCUACAAGAACCCCUUGAAGACGAGAAAUCUAGUGUCAAGGAAGAAGACGGAGAUGAGGCCUGCAGCCCCAAUCCCAUCACUGCAGAGCGGAGACGGAGUUUGUGGUAUGCCACCCACUACCCGACCGAUGAGAGAAAACUUUUAUCCAUGACCCAAGAUGACUACAAACCAUCCGAUGUCCUGCUGGUUACGGUGAAUGGGAAUCCCGUUGAUUACCACAGCAUCCACCCCAGCCUCCCCCUUGAGAACGGUCCAGCCAAAGCAGACAUAUACUCAACCCCUCAGUACAAGUGGGAGCCGUCGGAUGAAACAUCAGAUAAAAAAGAGGAAGAGGAGGAAGAGGAGGAUGAAGAAGAAGACAGCCAGGAGGAGAAAAAAAAUGUCAAAGUACAUGUGAUGGUCUCUGUGUUCCAAUUUAUUAUGAAACAAAGUUACAUUUGUGCCCUUAUUGCAAUGAUGGCUUGGAGUAUUACAUAUCACAGCUGGCUGACGUUUGUGUUGCUGAUCUGGUCUUGCACCCUCUGGAUGAUUCGUAACCGCAGGAAAUAUGCCAUGAUUAGUUCCCCUUUCAUGGUCUUCUAUGGGGAUCUUCUGUUAACGCUACAGUACAUAUGGAGCUUCGAUGCCGACAUCAAGAAUGUCCCAGGAUUUGUGGUAAAGAAGGACCCUGGCGAGCUGGCCUCCAAGAUUCUCUUCGCCCUUACUUUCUGGCUCCUGCUAAGGCAACACCUCACAGAGCAAAAAGCCCUCCAGCUCAAAGAAGCUUCUUUAUCGGAGGUUAAAGUUGGAAGUCUGGAAACUGAGGAAAAAGAUGAAGAACUUCAAGAGAUACAGGUGGAAGGAGAAGCUGAACAGGAAGAGAAGGAAGAAGAUGAGGAGAAAAAGAGGAAAAAGAAGAAGGAGGAGGAAGAAGAAGAUGAAGAUGACCAGGAUAUUAUGAAAGUCCUUGGAAAAUUGGUUAUGGCCAUGUUCAUUAAAUACUGGAUUUAUGUCUGUGGAGGGAUGUUCUUCUUUGUCAGCUUCGAGGGGAGGAUUGUGAUGUACAAAAUCAUCUAUAUGGUGCUGUUCCUGUUUUGUGUGGCUUUGUAUCAGGUGCACUAUGAAUGGUGGAGGAAAAUGCUCAAGUAUUUUUGGAUGUCAGUGGUGGUUUACACAAUGCUGGUGCUUAUCUUCAUAUACACAUAUCAAUUUGAAUCAUUCCCUGGACUUUGGUCGAAUAUGACAGGGCUGGAUAAAACAAAAUUAGAGGAUCUCGGCUUGGAACAAUUUACUGUGACUGAACUGUUCACUCGCAUCUUUAUCCCAACCUCCUUCUUGCUGGUGUGUAUAUUACACCUUCAUUAUUUCCAUGACCACUUCCUCCAGCUCACAGACUUAAAGUCUAUAGCCAGCAAAGAGGAUAACACCAUCUACAGCAUCAAGAAAAAAUUACCAAUCCACCAAAAUGAACUCGCCCACCAAGACGGAAGCCUACCAGACCUGACCAUGCUGAACCUUGCGGCCAGUCUGGACAAAGAUGAAGAGAAAAACCAGGAAGAGGAUAGUGAAGGGAAGGCAGAGGAGCGUGAUGGGGACGGGGAGAAAGAAGAAGACAAAAAAGAUAGUGAAGAAGAGGAAGAUGAGGAAGAUGAAGACGAUGACUCAGAGGAGGAAGAAGAAACAUCAGAUUUAAGAAACAAAUGGCAUCUAGUCAUCGACCGCCUCACUGUGCUCUUCUUGAAAUUCCUGGAAUACUUUCACAAGCUGCAAGUUUUUGUGUGGUGGAUUUUGGAGUUACACAUAAUCAAAAUCGUCUCUUCCUACAUCAUCUGGGUGACCGUGAAAGAGGUCUCCCUCUUCAACUAUGUGUUUUUGGCUUCUUGGGCUUUCGCUCUGCCCUAUGCCCAGUUUCGCCCACUGGCAUCAAGCAUCUGCACUGUCUGGACGUGUGUGAUUAUCGUCUGCAAAAUGUUGUACCAGCUGACAUCCAUCGAGCCCCAGAAAUUCUCCAGUAACUGUACAGUGCCUCACGAGAAUGAAACGAACAUCCACAAUCGGACAGAGCUGCUCAUGUCCAUUCUCUACCGUGAGCCCAUUGAUCCAGCCGAAUGGGUUGGACUGAGGAAGUCUUCUCCUUUGCUUGUGUACCUGAGGAAUAAUCUCCUGAUGCUAGGUAUUCUGGCUUUUGAAGUUACAAUUUACCGCCAUCAAGAGUACUAUCGAGGGCGAAACAACCUUACUGCGCCUGUGUCUAAGACCAUUUUCCAUGACAUUACAAGACUGCAUUUGGACGAAGGCCUCAUCAAUUGUGCCAAGUACUUCAUAAAUUACUUCUUUUACAAGUUUGGGCUGGAGACCUGUUUCCUCAUGUCGGUUAAUGUCAUCGGCCAGCGAAUGGAUUUCUACGCCAUGAUUCAUGCCUGCUGGCUAAUUGCUGUUCUAUAUCGACGAAGAAGGAAAGCUAUUGCAGAGAUUUGGCCCAAGUAUUGCUGCUUCCUGGCUUGCAUCAUCACAUUUCAGUACUUCAUGUGCAUUGGCAUCCCACCGGCUCCUUGUAAAGACUACCCAUGGAGAAAUCCAAGUGCCCAGUUCAACUCCAACAUCAUAAAGUGGCUAUACUUUCCAGAUUUCAUUGUGCGGCCGAACCCCGUCUUCCUAGUCUAUGACUUCAUGCUGCUGCUGUGUGCCUCCUUGCAGCGCCAGACCUUUGAGGAUGAAAAUAAGGCUGCAGUGCGCAUCAUGGCUGGGGACAAUGUGGAAAUUUGCAUGAACCUGGACGCUGCCUCUUUUAGUCAACACAACCCUGUGCCGGACUUCAUUCACUGCCGGUCUUAUUUAGACAUGUACAAAGUGGUCAUCUUUAGCUAUCUCUUCUGGUUCGUGCUGACAAUCAUCUUCAUUACGGGAACAACCAGGAUCAGCAUUUUUUGCAUGGGGUACCUGGUGGCAUGUUUUUAUUUCUUGCUCUUCGGAGGAGAUUUGCUGCUGAAACCCAUCAGAAGCAUUCUGCGUUACUGGGACUGGCUGAUUGCCUACAACGUUUUUGUGAUCACCAUGAAAAACAUUCUGUCACUAGGAGCUUGUGGCUACAUUGAAUCAUUAAUUAAAAACAGUUGUUGGUUGAUUCAAGCAUUUAGUCUGGCCUGCACCGUCAAAGGUUAUAACAUCCCGACCAAUGAUAAAAACUGUAAAUUGCCAAGUGGUGAGGCAGGAAUCAUCUGGGACAGCAUCUGCUUUGCCUUCCUAUUGCUGCAAAGAAGAGUUUUCAUGAGCUAUUAUUUCCUACACGUGGUGGCAGAUAUCAAAGCUUCACAGAUCCUAGCAUCAAGAGGCGCCGAGCUGUUUCAGGCCACCAUUGUGAAAGCAGUGAAAGCCAGAAUUGAAGAGGAGAAAAAAUCGAUGGACCAACUAAAGAGACAGAUGGAUCGCAUUAAGGCCAGACAACAGAAAUAUAAAAAGGGAAAAGAACGAAUGCUGAGCCUGAACCAGGAGUCCGGAGAAGGACAAGACAGUCAAAAAGUUUCCGAAGAAGAUGAUGAAAGAGAAGCAGACAGAGAAAAAGCCAAGGGCAAAAAAAAGCAGUGGUGGCGACCUUGGGUUGAUCAUGCUUCCAUGGUCAGGAGUGGAGAUUAUUAUUUGUUUGAGACCGAUAGCGAAGAGGAGGAGGAGGAGGACCAAAAGGAAGAUGAAGAACCCCGGAAAAAAUCAGCCUUUCAGUUCGUUUAUCAGGCCUGGAUCACUGACCCUAAAACAGCUCUGCGGCAAAGAAGGAAGGAAAAGAAAAGGGCUGCGAGAGAAGAGAAGGAACGGAGGAGAAAAAGAUUUGGGGAAGGUUCCACAGAAUAUGAUGAGAGGGACGACGAACCAGUCAAAAAGAAAUCAGAUGGGCCAGAUAACAUCAUCAAAAGGAUAUUUAAUAUUUUGAAGUUCACCUGGGUCCUGUUUUUGGCAACGGUGGAUAGUUUUACAGCAUGGCUCAAUUCCAUUUCAAGAGAGCACAUUGAUAUCUCUACCGUACUCAGAAUUGAACGGUGCAUGCUGACUAGAGAAAUUAAAAAGGGAAACGUUCCAACAAGGGAGAGCAUCCACAUGUACUAUCAGAACCACAUGAUGAACCUUUCUAGAGAGUCAGGGCUGGACACCAUCGAUGAAGAUCCUAGCCCUGCCUCAGGUGUUCAAACGGCCAAGCGGAUGGAUAGCUUAGAGUCUCAUGACAGUAUUUCCAGUGAACCCACCCAGUGCACCAUGCUGUAUUCGCGCCAGGGGACAACUGAAACCAUCGAGGAAGUGGAGGCAGAGCAUGAGGAAGAGGGCGGAGUCUCCCCGCCCCCUCCAGAAGAUGAGGAAGAAGAGUACGACGAGGGGUCCGAAGAGAUCAGCCUCACGCCCGACCCCUCCAUCCCGCGGUACUACACCACUGACCUGGAUGUGGAGGCCCCACCAUCCUACAGCAAAGCGGUCAGUUUCGAGCACCUCUCCUUCAGCUCCCAGGACGACUCCGCCGACAAGAACCACAUGGUUGUAAGUCCCGACGAUAGCCGGACGGACAAAUUGGGCUCCAGCAUCUUGCCCCCGCUGACCCACGAGCUGACAGCCAGUGAGCUUCUUCUAAACAAGAUGUUCCAGGAUAAAGAGUUGGAGGACUCAGAGAGAUUUUACGUCGGCCAACCGCGAUUCCUGCUCCUGGUAUACGCCCUGUAUAAUACGCUGGUGGCCCGGUCUGAGAUGGUGUGUUACUUUGUGAUCAUCCUCAAUCACAUGAUCUCGGCUUCCAUGAUCACCCUGGUGCUUCCCAUCCUGAUCUUCCUCUGGGCUAUGCUGUCUGUCCCCCGGCCAAGCCGGCGUUUCUGGAUGACCGCCAUCGUCUACACGGAGGUGGCCAUCGUGAUCAAGUAUUUCUUCCAGUUUGGCUUCUUUCCUUGGAACAAGAAUGUGGAGUACACCAAGGACAAACCUUACCACCCACCUAACAUCAUCGGCAUUGAGAAGAAAGAGGGCUAUGUCCAUUAUGACCUGAUCCAGCUCCUGGCGCUGUUCUUCCACCGAUCUAUUUUAAAGUGUCACGGCUUAUGGGAUGAAGAUGACAUCAUUGGCAGUGGCACUGAUAAGGAUGACUCUGAUGACGAUCUCUCCUUGAUGGGAGGAAGGAGAGAUUCGUCAGCCUCCCUCAAGUCGGUGAAUCUCGCAGCUUCGGUGGAAUCCAUACACGUCCAUUUUCCUGAGCAGCAGGCUGCCAUCAGGAGGAAAAGUUCCAGCAGCGGGUCCCAGCUUUCCCACAGAUCUAGCUUCUCAUCCCACAGGUCCAAGAGAGGCAGCACAAGUACGAGGAACAGCAGUCAGAAAGGAAGCAGUGUACUGAGCAUUAAGCAGAAGAGCAAAAAGGAAAUACUUAUGGAAAAACUCCGAGAACAGUUGAUCGAAGCCAAAGCAUUUACCAUAAAAAAGACUCUCCAAGUGUACGUGCCUAUCAAGCAGUUCUUCUACAACCUCAUCCACCCGGACUACAGUGCCGUGACCGAUGUGUACGUGCUGAUGUUCCUGGCGGACACCGUUGACUUCAUCAUCAUCGUGUUUGGCUUUUGGGCCUUCGGGAAACACUCAGCGGCUGCAGAUAUCACCUCUUCGCUGUCUGAGGACCAGGUCCCCGGGCCUUUUCUGGUCAUGGUUCUCAUUCAGUUUGGAACCAUGGUGGUAGACCGAGCGCUGUAUCUCCGGAAGACCGUCAUGGGGAAGGUCAUUUUCCAAGUCAUCCUGGUGUUUGGGAUUCACUUCUGGAUGUUCUUCAUCUUGCCAGGAGUCACCGAGAGGAAAUUCAGCCAGAACCUAGUAGCCCAACUUUGGUAUUUUGUGAAAUGCCUUUACUUUGGAUUAUCCGCAUACCAGAUCCGCUGUGGCUAUCCAACUCGAGUGCUGGGUAACUUCCUCACCAAGAGCUACAAUUAUGUAAAUCUCUUUCUAUUUCAAGGAUUCCGCCUGGUUCCGUUUUUGACUGAGCUGCGAGCAGUUAUGGACUGGGUGUGGACUGAUACCACGCUGAGCCUCUCCAGCUGGAUCUGCGUGGAAGAUAUUUACGCUCACAUAUUCAUCUUGAAAUGCUGGCGAGAGUCAGAAAAAAGGUACCCUCAGCCCCGUGGCCAGAAGAAAAAGAAAGUGGUCAAGUACGGGAUGGGGGGCAUGAUCAUCGUGUUGCUGAUUUGCAUCGUCUGGUUCCCCCUGCUCUUCAUGUCUUUGAUCAAAUCUGUGGCCGGGGUCACCAACAAGCCGCUGGAUGUGUCCAUCACGAUCACUCUGGGUGGUUACCAGCCUAUAUUCACAAUGAGUGCUCAACAGAGCCAGCUGAAAGAUAUGAAUAGAACCGACUUCAGAAGAUUCAUGAGAGGUUUUUCGGGGAAAGCCACUGCAUUGCAAUUUCUGGAGAACUAUGGUGUGGAAGACAUAACAAUAGUGGAACUGGAAGGGAAUUCAAAUUCGCUAUGGACCAUCAGCCCUCCCAGUAGGCAGAAAAUGAUAGAAGGGCUGAAGGAUCUUGAUAACGCCUUCACUCUGGUCUUUUCUUGGAGCAUCCAGAGGAAUCUCAGUCUUGGUGCAAAAGCUGAAAUAGCAUCGGAUAAACUGUCUUUCAGUAUGCAAAAUGAAACCCGGCUCAAAAUAGCCAGCAUGAUGUCUGAAACGAAUCCAAAAGAAGAGGAGAAACCAGUGGACCUAGGCCCUAUCUACCCUUAUUACCUCAAAGCACCCAGUGAUUCCAACACAAAACCCAUAAAGCAGCUCCUGGAUGAUGAACAGUUUAUCAAUAUCACCAUUGCUCUGUCCAGAGCCAGCACUGGUUCAGACAACAACAGUGAGUGGUGGAUUCUUAACCAGAAAGGGGACACGGUCAUGAAACCUAAAACCCAAGAGGGCUUGGAGCUGGUGGUCUUCAGUGACAAAGUGAGCCCUCCCAGCCUGGGCUUCUUAGCCGGCUACGGCAUCAUGGGGCUUUACGCUUCGGUGGUCCUGGUGAUAGGGAAGUUCGUCCGCGAAUUCUUCAGCGGGAUCUCCCACUCCAUCAUGUUUGAAGAGCUGCCGAACGUGGACAGGAUCCUGAAGCUGUGCACGGACAUUUUCUUAGUGCGAGAGACUGGGGAACUGGAGCUGGAAGAAGAUUUAUAUGCCAAAUUAAUAUUCCUGUACCGCUCCCCAGAAACGAUGAUCAAAUGGACUAGAGAAAAGACAAACUGAUCCUCCUCGGGAUCCAGAACGCUGAUGGAAUCGAUUGAAUUUUCCAAAGAAAAGCACAAUAUUCUCACAAGAGCUAAGCAUUUUAGAGUUGGGUAGCAGUGAGCUGUCCCAGACGGAGGAUCAGGGAUUCGCCGCCCGCCGGAACCCUCGCUACGUUUCCGAUUGAGAACGGAUGGUGAAGAAGGUCGUUUGGUCGCCGGAUGCCGCUUCUUUAAAGCUAAAGGAAAUUGCUCUGUUACUCCGGUCAGCGAAGUGUCCAGCACUGCGUCUGGCAGAGCUGGAGGCCCCCCCCCCCCGACUGAGUCCUCCCUCCCUCCGGAGAGGGGGAGGGGGCGAGGGAAUGGGAGAGAUGUCCUGCCGAGGGUUAACUGGACUCGCCCUUUUCUGGAAGGAUGCAGUGUGGGUUGUGCAAUACUCAGCUCUCCGCCCCCCGACUGUGAAGAUGGUACCGAUGGCGCUUCCAGCCCUGGCAGAGGGCAGCCGGGCCCACCUUUCUCGGGAAAGCCGAUGUUGUUGUUGCACUGAAGCUUUCCAGGGGAGGACCAGCCUCAUUCUAAGCAAAAAGAUUCCAAUAAAGAUAAUCUCUAACUGCCUUAUUUCAUUGGAACAAUCCCAGGAAAAGUUUCCGCAUGAACAUCAGUGACUUCUCAGGAAAAACACAAAACACCACAAAACCAUAGAAACCAGUUUUGUUGAGGUUCAGCUAAUGGCCGGAGGCAAAAAAUGGUGAGAGGUUCUCUAAGUUCAUUUUCUUCACCAAAGUAUCGCUCCCCAUUAGACAUAGACAUUAGGCCUGAGGACAGAUUGCCUAAGGAACUCUACGACUUUGAAACCCCUUUAAUACCUGAGGUUAUGAGCCCUCUUCUGCCUUCCCCGGGGCCCCGACAUGCUUUGUUUUUUUUUUUUCCCAUUUCCAUGAUUUAAGGCCAAGGAUUUUCCAGGAUGUGAAAUUGUCCUUCCAGUUUUUCAGGUAUGCAAAAGUGUUUACAUAUUCCAAUUCACGUUUUUACAUCCGAGACGGGUUUUUAAGUUCCUAAUUAUGAAAGAAGUAUGUGUAAUGAGCUUGGGGAAAUAAACAUGGCCUUUUCUUAAAUUAUUACCAUUGGUGAUCCAACCUCUUCAUUAAAGAACAAUGUAGCAUGAAAAUUUAUGGUGGAAAUGUAAUUUUCAUUCCAUGUUAAAAACGCAAGUUCAGCGAAAAACAUGGCCGAGUGGGUUAGGGAAUGUCAAAAGGUUAUUCUGUGUAGUUUGGAUUCAGUAAUGACUUAAUAAAGCACACGUUGCAAAGUCAUUUUAAAGAUAUUCUUUAUUCUGCCUUUUUGCAUGAAAUGGGAAAAGUGUCUAUCCCUAUGAUAUACUGAGGAAUUAGAAGAACGUUGAUAAAGAUGCCGAAUGAGUUUCUUUCGUCUUCCUUAGCGGCUGUGUAUGAACUAUAUAAUCCGUACCCCCUUGCAGAUAUCUAGGUUGUUUCCAAAGAGAAAACCGUUAUAGUUGUUGCCGAGCUUGAUAAACUAGCCGAGUACAAAUGAUGUUCAGUGCUUCCAAGUCAAUAUUGCACAUGUGUUCCUUUACUGUCAAACUGGCACAUUUUGGAGCCUGAAAAGGGCAACUUGAAAUAAACUGCUUCAACUCAUUGUAACAAUAAAAGCAACUAAGUGACUGGCA